CUUCCAGCCUGCGCGGGACGUCGUUCUCCUGGUAGUACUGCAACGCCUGCUGCUUCAGCUUCUGCAGGUCCCUCGGGGUCCCACAGCUGCGGCCGCCGCCUUCUUCCCCCAUGAUGGAGAGUGUUGGCGUGUACGGAUUCUGUGGGUGCAAAGCAAAAAACAAAAUGAAGUGUGAUUCAAAGUGGGAAAUGAACGCAGCAGAAACAGCCCCCACAUCAGCAUAUUCAUCUCCAGCCCGGAGUCUUGGAGACACAGGAAUAACGCCUCUGUCCCCAUCCCAUGUUGUGAAUGACGCUGACUCCAACGUCUCAGAUCAGCAGACAUUUCUCGUGGUGGUGGCCAUCGACUUUGGGACCACGUCCAGUGGCUAUGCCUAUAGUUUCACCAAGGAGCCAGAAUGCAUCCAUGUGAUGAGACGAUGGGAAGGAGGUGACCCUGGUGUGUCCAACCAGAAGACCCCAACCACUAUCUUGUUGACGCCCGAGAGGAAGUUCCACAGCUUUGGGUAUGCCGCCAGGGACUUCUACCACGACCUGGACCCCAGCGAGGCCAAGCAGUGGCUGUACCUGGAGAAGUUCAAGAUGAAGCUGCACACCACGGGGGAUCUCACCAUGGAAACAGACUUGACAGCAGCCAACGGCAAGAAAGUCAAAGCCCUUGAAAUCUUUGCAUAUGCCCUGCAGUACUUUAAGGAGCAGGCCUUGAAGGAGUUGAGUGACCAGGUGGGGUCGGACUUGGAGAACUCUGAUGUGAGAUGGGUCAUCACGGUGCCUGCCAUCUGGAAGCAGCCAGCCAAGCAGUUCAUGAGACAAGCUGCCUACCAGGCUGGCCUGGCAUCCCCUGAGAACUCGGAGCAGCUCAUCAUUGCCCUGGAGCCCGAGGCGGCCUCCAUCUACUGCCGGAAGCUGCGGCUGCACCAGAUGAUCGAGUUGAGCGGCAAGGCGGUGGUCAAUGGGUACAGCGCCAGUGACACAGUAGGAGCGGGGUUUGCACAGGCUAAGGAACACAUCCGGCGUAACCGGCAGAGUCGGACCUUUUUGGUGGAGAAUGUCAUAGGAGAAAUCUGGUCUGAGCUGGAGGAAGGUGACAAGUAUGUGGUGGUGGACAGUGGUGGAGGCACUGUGGACCUGACCGUCCAUCAGAUACGGUUACCAGAGGGACACCUUAAGGAGCUCUAUAAAGCAACAGGUGGGCCCUAUGGAUCUUUGGGAGUAGAUUAUGAGUUUGAAAAACUACUUUGUAAAAUAUUUGGAGAGGAUUUUAUCGAACAGUUCAAAAUCAAACGCCCAGCCGCCUGGGUUGACUUAAUGAUUGCAUUUGAGUCUCGCAAAAGAGCCGCUGCCCCAGACCGAACCAACCCGCUGAACAUCACUCUGCCCUUCUCCUUCAUCGACUACUAUAAGAAGUUCCGCGGGCACAGCGUGGAGCACGCCUUGAGGAAGAGCAAUGUGGACUUUGUGAAGUGGUCCUCCCAGGGCAUGCUGAGGAUGAGUCCUGACGCCAUGAACGCCCUGUUCAAGCCAACCAUUGACAGCAUCGUAGAGCAUCUCCGGGACCUGUUUCAGAAGCCUGAGGUAGCCACGGUCAAGUUCCUCUUCCUGGUGGGGGGCUUCGCAGAGGCGCCCCUCCUGCAGCAAGCAGUGCAGGCCAACUUUGGCGACAAGUGCCGAAUCAUCAUCCCUCAGGACGUGGGCCUCACCAUCCUUAAGGGCGCUGUCCUCUUUGGCCUGGACCCGGCUGUCAUCAAAGUACGCCGGUCACCCCUUACCUACGGGGUGGGCGUGCUGAACCGCUACGUGGAGGGCAAGCACCCACCCGAGAAGUUACUGGUGAAGGAUGGCACACGCUGGUGCACGGAUGUUUUCGACAAGUUCAUCUCCGCCGACCAGUCGGUGGCCCUGGGCGAGCUGGUCAAGCGUAGCUACACCCCGGCCAAGCCCUCCCAGCUGGUCAUCGUCAUCAACAUCUACAGCUCCGAGCAUGACGACGUGAGCUUCAUCACUGAGCCCGGGGUGAAGAAGUGCGGCACGCUCCGCCUGGAUCUCACCGGCACCAGCGGCACAGCGGUGCCAGCCCGGAGGGAAAUCCAGACCCUCAUGCAGUUCGGGGACACUGAGAUCAAGGCCACAGCUGUGGAUAUAGCCACCUCAAAGAGCGUCAAAGUGGGCAUUGACUUCUUAAAUUACUAACCCUCCCUCCCUGGCCCUUGCUCCCUAGGGCGCAGCUCACCUGCAUUCGCUCACCUCAACCUUGACUGUUUUGUCUGUCACCUUGACCCUUGCCAUGCCCACCUGCCCACCCGCAUUUCAGCAAGAAAGACGAGAGCAAACAGGGUGAGAAAUGACUGGAGUUUUUUUUUUUUUUUUUUCUUUUCUUUUCUGAGGGUACACUGGAGUCAGAAAGCCUGUCAGCAGUUAUUAUUAACACUAAGGUCCGGAAGUAGGGAUUGCCGCAGCUCGUUACCGUAGUGGCGAGACAGCCCCUUGGGAAGGGCACUGCUGCAGCAUCUUGCUUUGGAAAGGUCCUUACAAGGCAGAACUUAGGACAACCUAUUGCCAUCUUUUGAGAUUUGAAGUGAGAUAUUUAAGUCAGAAGGAAAUCUUCAUGCGAGGUCUUUUUUAACUGUUUUGGAUGGCAGUCAAUAUAAAAUGCCAGCCAUCUGCAGUUUAUUUCUUCCCAUCACCACGGGAUUCAGAGUGGUGACUCACUGGGAACGUUGGAGCAUUUGGCACCAGUAGGAGAAGACUGCCUACACCGGGCACUAUUUUAGGUUCUCAUAUAAUUUAAAUUCCAAGGAGGGUCAAUGAAUAAUAUGGCAGCCUUGAGGAAGCCAAAAGGCUUUGUGGGGAGUAAGAGUGCUGGCACCUCAACUUUUCAGCAGAUAAGACUUGCUUGGAUGGAAAUGAAUACUACAGAGUUAUUGACUAAUCCCAUCACAUCCCUCUUGUCUGAAGGGUUACAUUCUAAGAUUCCCAGUAGAUGCCCCAAACCAUGGGCAUGUCACACCUUAUAUAUACUGUGUUUUUACCUAUGCUUACGUACGUAUGAUAUAAAGUUCAUUUUACAAAUUGCUGAUUAACAAAAAUAUCUAAUAAUGAACUAGGACAAUUAUGAAACCAUAUGUCAAUGAACUUUAUAUGACCACGGUCUGUCUCAGAAAUACAUUACCAUGUUGUAGUUUGGGACCAUGACUGACUGCUUCAGUAAGUGGAGCCCCAGAUGAGGAAGGACCCUUGCAUGUGCUGGGGUACAAUUCCUGGGAUGACCAGAGCCUGACUUCGGGGUUCAUGAGUCGUCCUAGGUAAUCUUCAUCUGAGAAACCGAGGCUGCCGUUGGCCUUGUUCAAAUCAACAAGCCUAGAAAUAGAGAACAGCCCCUGGCCGUGCAAAUCCUACAGAACGUAAGCUCCUCCUCCCUCGCUGUCCCUCUUCCUUCCUUUAAGAAGUCUGGCCAGUCCAACUCAGAUUUGGGAACGAGCACAGAGGAGGAAUAGGAAAGGAAGAUAUAUUCCAUGAGGCGUGUCACUAAAAUCUUCAUUUUUUUCACAAUUUCCUGAAGAGUUUGUAAAUCUAGACCAGAUGAAUGAAGUAAGGCAGCCUUGUCUAACACGGGUCUGGGGCUCACCUGCCUCAGAAUUGCCUGGGUGCUUGUGAAGAGCAGGCUCCUGGAUCCGAGCCCUUUUUAUGUGACUUGAGGAGGGGCACCAGGAUCUGCAUUUGGAGUGUAUUCCCCCACGAGAUGGGGAUUUGAAGGGAAUGUGAGAAGUUCUCACUUUAGGUUUGCUCCGAGCUGAAGCGCUGACCCCAGCCUGCGCCCUCCGAUCUUCCCAUCAGAGCUCCCUUAGGGAGCACCCCACACCUUGCCCUCUUGGUGAGUGGGGCUGGAGAUCGAGUCUGGGGAUGGCUUUUUUUUUUUUUUUUUUUAACACAACAAGGAUCAAAGGCUGGAUAAAGAUUACAUGAAAGAAAUAGCUUCUCUGCCUUCCCUCUAUUCAAAGCCCUUCUCCCCCAACAUCCGGAGCUAACUGUGGAUAAAGAUGCAAGAAUCCCACCGGGCCCAUGAUCUGUCCAGAGCUGUCUCUCCACCUACUGGCGUUCAUGCUGAUCUCCCGUCACUGGAGGCUACGUAAUGAAUGAGCAAAUAGAGAAUUUAGAGUAAAGGAAUUUCGAAUGCAAGUUGGAGUCACAAACCCAUUAUCAUAGCCAAUAUGCAGAUUUUUAAAUAGCAUUUCAAAUUUCAUUUUAAUGUCUUUUUCACACCGCCUGCUGCAGAAUUCCCUGCUAGAAUGUGAAACACUACCAAAAAGCAUGGAGCAAGGAAAUGCGAAUCCUGUAACCAAGCGGCAGGCUUUCAGGCACCGAGGUGUGUUUGCCGGGGUACUUGUGUGGCCUGCUCUACGUCCGCAGCUCACUACGGGUCUCUUCUUGUGGCCAGCCAUAGUCUGCAAAUGGACUUCCAAUUUUGUUAUAACUAAUAUAAUUUUAUGUAUAUACAAUAUUAGAAUCUUGUACAGUAUCUUUAUUUCUACAAUAUGCUUCUCGUUAAAAAAAAAAAGGGAAAUGCUCUUAACUUUUGUUGACGACAUAGCUGUCACCUCCCAUGGUUUCAUUUCCUAAUUGCUCUCACUUAUAGUUGGUCUGUGCGUGCAGACUGAGCAGUAGACAGAGGCACCUAGGGUCAGAGGUCCCUACUCGCAUGGACACCUGGCCCAACAACGUCCACCUGCACACGCUUCCCGAGACUCACAGGUUCUAUUGAGUGGCAUACACUCUAUCAAUUCUCCUGCCCAGGCUUUGAGAGCUGAACAUGCUGGCUCUGUAAGCAACAUGACUGUGCAGAGAAGCCUCCCAAAUGCCUUGCAUCCUGCAGGGUGGCUGACCCCUCCCUGUGGGGCGAAGCAGUCUCUCUGAGGACAAAGUGCGGUCCGUUACGUGCGCUGCUUUCGGUGCACCAGGGUCAAGGGAGGGAAGCACGUGGCUCAACCAAGGUUUUCAGUUGGGUUAAGUGUGAACGAUGGUGUGAAGCCCCCUUUUCCUGGCUAGUGUAAAGUGCUCCUCACCUAAUAUGAAGGAGUCUCCUUGUCUCUUAUUUCUCUUAAAUGAGCUACUAGAAAUCUGCAGUGUUGGCAAACUGAGGAUGGGAAGGGGGUUGUUUUAUUGGAAUUUCUCCUGUCCCCAGAUGCAGCCUCAAUAGUUAAAUCCCCCAAGUCCAUCCCUACCUCCCACUGAAAUAUUCUUGAAUAAAGGCACUGGGUAAAGUAUGCUUGGAACACAUUUCCUAAUCUUAAGGUUUUUAGGUUUGUGGUCUUGACCCCAUAGCUCACUUGUCCCUUGCAUAUGUGAUCUGGUUUCCACAUGUGCACAGCAGGCAUUCUCAAGUCACAGACACAGUAGGAGAGAGGGGUCUCAGCAGCUGGGUUUUCUCUGCAGAGUACAGAUUACGGAGCCUGCCCCACCCUUAGGAUGUUAUUUAGACCAAGUUUAGCUUUUAGAGCCCAGGUCUGGUAAAUUGCCAGGGUAGCAGAGAAUCGCAUGCACCAAUAUAAACAGGAAUCCAAAUGCAUUAGUAGUCAGAGAUCGAAUUUCACAUUGUAAAGAUGUAAUAGCUAUGAUUAUGCUGUAUUUGUGUGCUGGGGAAUGGCUUAAGUGGAUGGCUAGUAUAAAAAGUUGUUGGCCUUAAUGUCUCGAACACCUCUCAUCUGCUUGAAAUACGGAACAAAUGUUCUAAGGUCUCAGCCACUGGGAGUCUUGUUCACUACAAGGUGGAGAUCCACACAUCACAGGAUUUUGCAGCAGUUCAGGCAAGACUGCAUCUGCGAACUCUUGUCUUCACUGAUUCUAAUAAAGUAAAACUCUGAAUUUCA